UGGUGCAGAGCAUUGCGUAGCAUUCUUCAGUGAGGACAGCCGAUUUUUAAACGAUAAUAGGGAUUAUAGUUUCACCUCCGGAAAUGCCUGAUGUCGUCAUUGGGAACACGCAGUAGAAUUGCUUUCCUAUCGAAAAUGGAAAAGCAUGCUCUUCUAUGGACUAAAGCGGGAAUAUCAACCUUCCAACAAUUUGAUGGGGAAAACUAGAAGAGUCCCUUUAAGAUGACACGCACAGACCCACCUGACAUACUGGUAUCAACUGUGUAUCAAGAUAUAAAAGUUAACCUAAUUUCUUCGCACUCAAAAGCCUCUCCUCUUUCAAAACAAUGUGAUUCCCAAAACCACAACACACUGGAGGACAAUCAGGAUAACGUAAACAAGAGGCACUGUCGUACCUUUGACUACAAGUCACUGGAGUACCCCAAAUCCACCAAAUCCUCAAUGGAAUACCCAUACAGGAAGGCUGACAGGCAUGCAGCCCAUCCAGAUGUUGCCUGGAAUGCAUUGGGCCGCCAGCAGGUAUACCGCUUUUCUGCACCAGACAUUUUCAGCCAUAGACUCACCCCUCAACCACUGGCCACAGAGAUGGCACGGGAAGAGGUUGUGCCUGAGCAAAAGAGAAGGGCCAGAUCAAAAAGUGCCACCCGAGUUCAGACCAACCUCACGCCUCUCUCUUUUGAAGGCUCCCCAUCCAUGGGAAGAAGAGGCAGGGAGGCCCAGCGGGCUCCACGGAACCCUAACUGGAGACCUGAGGUAUCACCACGUAGGGAGUCCUCCUACGCAGCAACCAGGGCUCUCAUGCAUGAGGUGCAUCCCAUAAAGCUGCAGCCCCAGAGGGCCGACGUAAGCCACUAUUCGCCUUUCUAUGUUGCAGACAAUGCAGAAGAGGGAGGGCCAGACAAGCCAGCAACAAGCCCUCAUGUCAGGUGUCGGGUAGACAUCAAACCGGACAUGGCCAUUCCGAAACAUUCUGGACGAAAACCUGUGACUGCCAGAGUUGACAUACCCUGGCAGAGGUACCAUAGUACAGGAAGUAGAAGUUUGACAGUGCCUCGCCAUUUCUCCACGUCAAGGACCCCAACUCCCACUGACUCAUUCAGUGGAGAGUACAGGCAAGCAUACCAGUAUUCCCACAGCAUGCCAAAUAGUUACAUUCAGCCAAUGGAGAUCCCUCUGCAAAGAAUGCCUUCCUCUGGUGAUUAUAAUGGUAGGGAACGCAGGGCACAUUCCAGCCCCAAUGUGCCAACCAAGUUCUUUUAUGCAGAUGACCCAGGAAGGUAUGUGGCCACUACCCCUAUUCAGCCAAGGACUUACUAUCAGGAGGAAUGCUACGACAUGCACAGUCAAAAUCCUACUCCCAAAGUGCAGUAUGUCCAGGAUCCAAGGACUCGAAUGGUGCAUACUGUACCUUCCCGAUCAUAUAUUUCAGAAUUAGAGCCUUACCCAUACCAAGUGCAAGCUGCAUAUUCAAAGGCGUAUACAGCAAGUGAGCCAGGGACAUAUAUUAUCCAGACACCACCAACAAGAACAUUAUUUGGGGAAGAUCCAAGGACUUAUCAAAUUCAAACAGGGCCACCAAGGAUUUUCUAUGCGAAUGGCAUGUAUACAACCCCACCAGAGCAUCACAUUCCGGCAAGGGCAUAUUACACAGAGCGUCAUAAACGUGCACAAGUUGUUCAGCAACAACCAGAUGACUGGUAUGGCUCGGAUGCAUCUGGUUAUUCCACCCAUCCAGCCUCAUAUGUUUCCCAGGUCACUCCAACCAGAGUUAGGCAAGAGCCAAUGCCAACACCUUGGUAUGCUAAUCCAUGCAUGGAGCCACCACGAAUUGGUACUGACGAAAGACCGUACUCAAGGUCUUGGGACAAUAUUCUCAACUCUCGAGUGGAGAGGGAGCAGCCCCUGCCUGUUCAGCGAGGUCGAAGUUAUGAAAACCUUCUUGCCUCAGAGAAGCGAAAUUCUGCCAUGGAUGAUAAACCACAGCCGGUGGUUGUUAAUCUUUCAACUUCACCAAGACGUUACGCAGCUUUAUCCUUGUCUGAUAAUUCUUUAAUUGAUAAGAGUCCAACUGAAACAGCAAAGGGCACAGUCAGCAAACUUUGGUUUGUCACUCCUGAGAUCACCAUAACUGAUAAUGACAUUAGACCAGGUAACCUCAGAAAGUCUGAAGGACGAUCUGCUAGUUGGGAUGUGCUGGACUCAAGAACUGCUGUGGCUCCAGAAGCUACUCAGCCAGAAACAAUGUCCUGCUCUGUGGACUCCACCAAAGAAAAGACACACAACAGCGCCUCACUCCAGCAAAGCCUGGAGCAACUCGAUGAGCUACUCGCAGACCUUGUUACUGACUACAAGCCUCCCACUCGGAGAGCAAGUGAAGAUCUUCUAGAUCAACUCAAGAAGUUGAUUGAUGAAGAAGAGGCGGCAUCUCUGUCCAGAAAGGGCUCAAAGGCAGGGUCAGAAGAACCAGGACCACUAGACAAGCAGCCCACCUCUAUACGAAUUAAUCCUGAUGCACUUCGAGAUAUAGACGGUGGCAGCGAUGCCAUGAGGAGUGCAGAUGAAUGUUCUCCAGAUCAGAGCCCGGAUGAGGAUGACACCAUGAUGUGUUCAAACAACAAAUGCAGAAGGACAGAGACCUUAUUCAAUGCUUGUCUCUACUUCAAAUCCUGUCACAGCUGCUAUACCUACUACUGCUCACGCAAUUGUCGCAGGGAAGAUUGGGACAUUCAUAAAGAAAGCUGUCUGUACGGACGAAUCGGCAGCGUGUGCCGUCACAUCAUUAAGCACUGCCGCGAGACUGUCGAGGUGCACAAAGCCUUCUCCCGCAUUGCCAAAGUGGGCUUUCUUUCCAGAGGAAGAGGAGUCCUCUUCUUGGGUUUUCCAAACCCAGGGUCAUCCAGUAACUUCCUGCAACAUGGCCUAGAAAGUCUCUUAAUGUCCCCUACUUACUUGUCCCUUCGAGAGCUGGACAGCUUCAAGGACAACCUGGGGGAGUAUUGCAAGGAGCUCCAAGAGGCAGGCACAGAGUACGACCCAAAUGAAUGUUUCCUUUUGAAUGUAUCCAUUGCAGUCGGUGACCAGUUGCCUGAUGGACCAUCGCCAAGGAACCAAGCCCCAACUGUCAGAAAAUAUGCCAAGGUGGCUCUGGCAUCCUUUAGCCCAGAGAGGAAGGUUCACAAGAAAGAAAGUGACAUGGAAACAUUGAUCCUUACUCCACCACCUGGCACAGCUGAUAUUGACAAAGAGGGAGAAGAGGGCAGGAAGGCCAGAGAAAUCUGCUUUAUCAACAUCCAACGGGAGCUAAGAAUCCGAGGGGUUUUCUUACGUCACGAAUAUCCACAGGUCUAUCAGCAGCUUUGCGAGUUUGUGGAAAGCAACAGAAGGUUCACGCCUACAACCAUUUAUCCUAUUGACAAGAGGACAGGUAAGCAGUUCAUGUGCAUGAUCAUGGCUGCCUCUGAGCCUAGAACACUUGACUGGGUAGGCACCCCCCAUCUUCUUGAUGACAUUAUUUAAGUGCACCUUUUGUUGUAAAUAUAUAUGUAUAGAAAUACAUAUAUAUUGUUAUACAUAUCUAUA